UCAAGGCUCGACGUCACUGCUAGCGCCGUUUGACAAGUGGAGAGACAUCCAAAGCUCGAGUGAUAAAUGCGACCCAACCUCAUAAGCUACCACGCAGGACAUUUACAAACACUAAUUGCGCAUACGCGAGAUAGCUUUCUCUUGUAAUCACAGGAUUUCAAGAUGGUCAAGGAGUCCAAGCUCUACGAUUCAUUAGGCGUAUCGGAGACCGCGACGCAAGACGAGAUCAAGAAGGCCUACCGGAAGGCGGCGCUGAAAUGGCACCCCGACAAGAACAAGGACAACCCGCAAGCUGCUGAGAAGUUCAAAGAAUGCUCACAAGCCUACGAGAUCCUCUCCGACCCCGAGAAGCGCAAGACAUACGAUCAAUACGGUCUCGAGUUCAUACUACGCGGUGGCAUGCCCGGCGGCGCACGAUCGUUCCACUUCUCGACAGGUGGUGGUGGAAACGGCUUCAACUUCUCCAACGCCGACGACAUCUUUGGCGAAUUCAUGCGCAGCAGCGGUGGCGGUGAUGACUUUGACUUCGGUGGCUUCGGCAUGGGCGGUAUGCCUGGCGGAAUGGGCGGCAUGGGCGGCGGGGGGGGAGGUAGAAAAGGCAGUCAAUUCCGAGGCGGACGACGAGCACCAGAGCCCGAAGUCACAGUUGUGGAGAAGCCGCUGGCCGUGAGCCUGGAGGAGCUGUACAAUGGCACCACGAAGAAGCUCAAGAUUAAGCGCAAGACAUACGACCAGAGUACCGGCAAGCAAAGUACUCAAGACCGGAUUCUGGAGGUACCAAUCAAGAAGGGAUUGAAGGCUGGCAGCAAGAUCAAGUUCUCAGACGUGGGCGACCAGGUGGAGGGUGGCACACAGGAUUUGCACUUCAUUGUCUCUGAGAAACCCCACGCAAUGUUCACGCGCGAAGGCGACGACGUCAAGCACACCAUCGAAAUCGAUCUCAAAGAAGCCCUUACCGGCUGGCGCCGAACCGUACAAACCAUCGACGGUAAACAACUCAGCGUUGGCAGCGGCGGCCCCACAGGUCCGACCUGGACAGAACGAUACCCCAACUUGGGCAUGCCCAAAUCGAAGAAACCCUCAGAUCGCGGCGACUUCAUCGUUGGCGUAAAGAUCAAGUUCCCUACAAGCUUGACAAGCGCGCAGAAGGAGAAGUUGAAAGAGAUACUGUAGUGGGCUCGUUGGGCAUGACGAUGGAACGACUUUGAUUCUCGUAUAUCCUUUGUAUUUCUUUAUUUACUACAUCGGGCAGAAGCCUAUAUAUGCUCCAAACGAGCCCAACGAAGGCGUCGGUGGAGUUUUAUUAUCUUUAUUAUGCUUUGGGAGGAGGGAUGAGGCAGGCAUGACCAGUUGGAUGGCAUGCUGGUGGACAUGAUGGGGAUGAUAUAUGAAAUAACGCGUCUACGAUAGACGAAUCAACGAACUAGUACACUGCGCACGAUGUGGUUUGUUUAUGCGUGGUUCCAUUCCGGUGAUAGUUAGCGACUGCGACUGUUCAUUCUGUGGCGAAAGAACAACGAAUAACGGUACUUCUUAGCGUUCGCGGC